AUGGUGGCUGCGGCCGGCGGAGGCUCGUCGUCGGCUCGAAAGCCCUACAAGGGCGGUAACGACAUGGGCGCCUUCUUCGAGGAGGUGGACGACAUCAAAAAGUCGCUGCUGCAGUACGACGAAAACAUCGACACCAUCGAGACGCUGCACAAGAGAUCUCUCAACGAGAUUUCCGAGGAGCAGGGCUCGUACACGCAGGACCAGAUCCAGAGCCUGUCCAACGAGUCCAUGUCUCUGUCACAGUCGCUCAAGGACCGCAUCAAGAACCUGCAAAAGUACUCGUCCGGCGACUCCACCAAAAAGACCCAGGCCGAAAACCUCAAGCGUCAGUUCAUGAGCUCCAUCCAGCGAUACCAGACCGUGGAGGCCACCUACCGACAAAAGUACCGGGAGCAGGCCGAGCGACAGUACCGUAUUGUGCAGCCCGAGGCGACCGACGCCCAGGUCAAGGCCGCCAUUGACGAUGCCCAGGGCGAGCAGAUCUUCUCACAGGCCCUCAUGACCUCCAACCGACGAGGAGAGGCCCAGACGGCGCUGUCCGAGGUGCAGAACCGACACCGGGAGAUCCAGAAGAUCGAGCAGACCAUGGCCGAGCUGGCCCAGCUCUUCCACGACAUGGAGAUUCUGGUGGCCGAGCAGGAGGCCCCCGUGCAGCAUAUCGACAACCAGACACAGGCCGUGCAGACAGACAUCGAGCAGGGUCUGGGACACACCAACAAGGCCGUCAUCAAGGCCCGAGCCCUGCGAAAGAAAAAGUGGUGGUGUCUGCUCAUCGUCAUCUGUAUCCUGGGUAUUUCUUUGGGUGUGGGUCUGGGUGUGGGUCUCAACAACAACUAG